AACAAAUAAAGUCAAAUACUGUAUUGUAUAAAAUGGCGAGCAAAAUUAUUGGGAAUCUGGCAGGUCGUUUGGCCGUUGUUACAGGUGCUGGAGGUGGGAUAGGCCGGACAGUAUGUGAACGUUUUGCAAAUGAGGGAUCUUCUGUGAUUGUCGCUGACAUUGAUGGAUCUAGUGCAAAGAAGACAGCAGAGGCUUUAGGAGGUAGUGAUGCAAAUCAUUCUCAUUUUGAGAUGGAUGUAACAUCAUCACAGCAGAUUGAACAGUUUAUGGAAGAUAUCAAGAAAAAGUACAAAAGAUAUCCUUGUAUAUCUGUCAAUUGUCAUGGUAUAACUCGAGAUGAUUUCCUCAUAAAAAUGAGUGAAAAGUCAUUUAAUGAAGUUAUCAAUGUCAAUCUUAAGGGCACAUUUCUUAUGAUUCAAGCAGCUGCGAAAGGAAUGAUUGAGUCCAAGGUGGAGAAUGGUUCUAUUGUCAGUAUUGGAAGCAUUUCGGGGAAGGUGGGAAAUCUUGGUCAAGCAAACUAUGUUGCAUCUAAAGCAGCUAUAGAAGCUAUGAGUAGGACCUGUGCUAAAGAACUAGCUUUGUAUGGUAUUAGGUGUAAUGUUAUCCUACCAGGGUUUAUCCAGACAUCCAUGCUAAAUACAAUUCCUCAAAAAGUAAUAAAAAAGUUCACGUCAGCUAUACCUCUCCAUCGCCUAGGAACGUCAGAAGAUGUAGCGAAUGCUGCUUAUUUUCUUGCCUCGACAGAGAGCAGUUAUAUUACUGGAUCGAGUAUAGAGGUCACUGGAGGAAUUUAUAUGUAACCUUUAUGAAGAAGAUUUAACGAAGAAGAUUUAAUGAAGAAAAGUUGAAAUUUGUUAUAUAAUAAUUAUAUAUAUUAUCUCUAUAUAGUAUAUUUUAUCAAUGUAAUUAUUUACUGAAAGAACAAACUUCUAAAUGUGUGGGUUUUGCCGUUUGAAAUAUCAGGCAGUGAGGCGCUGGUUCUUCAAACUGACAAAAGCCCGGGCGGUUAAGUGUUACCCUAGCAUAAAUUCACAAAUCAAUAUUUCCAACAGCUGGUUGAUACCGUAGUAAAAGUUUUCAAUGAAUCUUUUCUGGUUUAAUAAAGUUCUAUAUGUUCGAAGGCUUGGAUAAAAAAAAGCAGCCUGGAUUAAUUAAACGUAAGGUUAGUGCUAACCGUCCGGCCACUGUUUUGACAUUGAUAGUCUGUCUAUUUCUUGAAAACCAGAAGGAAAAUUUUGAUGUUUUUAUGGUAAUUAAAAGACGUAACAAGUAGAGACGAUA